AAGGGUUUUUACGGGGGGGCUCUGGGGUCUGAGAGGGUCCUAAGGGCUCUGGGGGGCCCUAAAUGUGUGUGCAGGGGAUCUUGUGGGUCUGGGGGGGGCUUAAAGGUUCUGAGGGAGCCCUAAAAUGGCUUUUGAGGUCAGGAAGAAGGGGGACAGGUAUUUACUCCCGGAAAUAAAUCAUUAAAUCUUCUUAAAACCCUUUUUUUUUCCCAAAUACUUUUUCUCUCCCCACCCCAAACCUUCUCUAUUUCCUGCUAAUAACCCAACGUUCCCCCACGUAACUUUUUUCCCUCCUUUAUUCUCCCCAACCCCCUUAAAUAAAUCCUUUUUCUCCGUUUUCCUCUCCCUAAUUUCUCCAACUCCCCCCAAUAACCCCUUUUUCUCUCUUUUCACUCCCCCCAAACUCUUCUAACCCCCCCAAAUAACCCUUUUUCCUCCCUGUUCAUCUGCCCAAUUUUUCCAACUCCCCCUAAAUAACCCCUUUUUCUCCGUUUUCACUCCCCUAAACUCCCCCAACCCCCCCAAAUAACCCCGUUUCCUCCCCGAAUCCUCAGCCCCCCUCCCCUUACCCUCCCCACCCCCCCCUUCCCCACCAUGGCUUCCCCCCCGGCGGAGGCGGUGCUGCUGUUGGAGCCUCGCUACGUCUGCUCCGAGUGCUCCCAGCUGUCCCCAUCGCUGGAGGCCGCCCUGCUGCACCACCAGAGCCACCUGACGGCCGUGGGGGGCACAACCGCAGCCCCCCAAACCCGCCUGGAGCUGCUGGGGCUGCCGGGGGGGGACCUUUUGGCCGUCCCGGAGAGCAGCCACUACCAAUGCUUGGAAUGCGGGCAGCUGCUGCUGUCCCCGGGGCAGCUGUUGGAGCACCAGGAGCUGCACCUGGAGCCCAGCACCAAAACCCAGCAGCAGCCGGUGCUGGGAGGCACCAAACCCCACCUGGCCGUCCCCAACCAGAUCCACUACGAGUGCGUGGAGUGCGGGGCUCUGUUUGGCAGCCAGGACGCCUGGUUGGCGCACCGGCAGAGCCACCGCGAUGCCCACGGCACCGCCGGUACCGCCGGCACCGGCAGCACCAGCAGCAGCAGCAGCAGCAUCCCUAACGCCAGGGUGGACGUGGAGCACUCGUACCGCAAGCCGGAGGAGGAGGAGGAGCUGCCGGCCGGGGUGCAGCUGCUGCUCUACGAAUGCGCCCAGUGCCUGCAGCUCUUCCACAGCCCCAAGGACGUGCUGGAGCACCAGGCCGGCUGCCACCUCCCGGCGCUGCCGCCGUCCGACCACAGCUACGAGGUGAAAGCCGACGGUGCUGACAGUGACGACCACAACCGGCGCCGGCCGCCGGCCGAGCAGCGCUGCUCCGAGUGCCAGCAGCUCUUCCCAUCGCCGCGCCGCCUGCAGAGGCAUCUCCGCUGCCACCGUUUGGGGGCCUUCCAGUGCCCGCUGUGCAGCAAGGUGCUGCCGACGCCGCCGGCUUUGGAGCAGCACCUGGCCGGGCACAGCGCCGAGUCCCACUUCUUGUGCCUGGAUUGCGGUUUGGCUUUCGACACCGAGGCGGUGCUGCUGGCGCACCGGCGCACGCACGGGGCCGAGGCGCUGCACCGCUGCGGGUGUGGGAAGGCUUUUGUGAACAUGACCAAAUUUCUGUACCAUCGGCGCACGCACGGAGCGCUGAGCGGCGGCACCGGGCACAGCAGCAAAGCCGGACCCGAGGAUUUGGUGCUGAGCGACGGCGCUGCCGGCGGGGAUGGGAGCGUGGGGGAGGCCGUGAUGGCCGCCGUGAUGGAGGAGGGAGAGGUGGCGGGUGAGAGGGGG